AUGCAAAAAAUUAAAGACAGGAUAGUUUCUGAAAAAAAAGUUAGAACGACUAAGAAGCAUUUCUCAAUCUCAAAAGAAAUCGCUAAUAGAAAAGCGAACAUUCAAAACUAAAUUUCAGAUGAUAGCAAAAAUCGAAUGUUGGGAAGCAAACAUUCAGUUUCAUCUAAUAAAAGCAAAUAAAAAGUGAAUGUCUCCAUGAAUAAGGGUUUAUCUCGAAGCUCUUCUUCCUUCUCAAGUGAUUCAGAAAAUGACAAAAGAUCAUUUAAUUAAUCUAUAAUUUUGAAGGAUAAUUUGGGAAGUUUUCAAUAGGGACGCUCAUCUUUUUUUUAAGUAUAAGAUAAACUUAUCAUACCCAAUAUGUCCUUUGAAUAAGAUUUGAUUAAUCCCUUAGAUAUGUCGGAUGGGAUGGAAAGAUCAGUUUUAAAAAUUUAAUUUCUAGAUUUUGAACAUUAAUGGGGACUAAAAUAGGACAUUAGUUUACAAAAACAAUGUAUCGGAGAUAAAUAGCUUAUUUCACAAAACAGUGAAGUUUUAUCAUCCCAUAAAUCAUUAAAAAGAUCACGCGCAAGUUAAAGAAAUAUGUUUCAAUCAAAGUUAUUAAUCAAUUAAACUAAAAAAAAUUAAUAAAAUCUUUCCGAUAGCGAAGAUGAAGAUUACAUUGACCAUUAAUAGGAAGACAGCAAAAUCAAAAGAAAAUAUAAGAAACUAUAUGAAAGAAAUCCCUUCGAAGAUCCUUACUAUGUGAAACUAAUAGAUUUACACGGAUUUGAAAGGCUGCAUUAUGAACUUGAUGCUUAUCAUGACGAUUAAUAAUUUUUAAAAUUAAGAAAACGACUCGUAUUUUACUCAUUAUUUAUCCCCAUUUUAUGUAAGAAAAUAGUGUAAAGUGUCUUUUUUAAAAUUUGUAUGUCCUUUUUGAUUCUAUUUAAUGUUACUUUAUACAUUUACUCGUAGACAAAGUAAGACUCAUUAGCCACAAAAGAUAUGGAGAAGGGAAUCAUGAUUUGUUUUUUAAUAGAAUUGUGUCUUAGGGUAAUUGCAUCAGGAAUUAUAAUACCAAAAAGAGCCUUCUUUAGAAAUUUUUAGGACAUUAUGGAUUGUAUUUUGGUCAUCAUAUAUGUGUUAAAUUUAACAUAUCCAGAUACAUUUAAAGUUGAUGUGUCACCGCUUAGAGUGAUCACAUUGUUACUCUAUUUGGGAGACAUUUUUGCUGGAUUAGGUGUAAUGUUAAAGGCUUUAAAGUAAUCCUUCAGAUUUUUACUGGAAGCUUUAAUGAUUGUCGGUCUUUUUUCAGUGUUCUUUGCAAUUUGUGGAGUCUUUUUGUUCUAAGGCUUAUUUAACUAUAGAUGCCAAUAUGAUAAUGGUGAUGAAACAGACGGGUGGAUUUAAUGUAAUCAGAACUCAUGUUUUGAGGAUGGAAUGUCAUGUUAAUAUUCUUCAUUCACUCCUAAACUACCCACUUCGUUUAAUACUGUAAUUUAUUCUUAUGGCUAAGUCUUAAGGACUAUUACAAUGGAUGAUUGGAGUUGGGUUAUGUUUUUUACUAUGAGAAUAUAUCACCCUUGGACUUGGCUUUAUUAUUUAUUAAUUAUUUUUGUCUGUGGUUUUUUUGGGUUUAAUUUGGUGAUAGCAGUUAUUAAGAUUCAUUAUGCUGAGGCGACUGAGGAGAAUGCUUAAGAGGAGGAGAGGAGGAAAAUUGAAUAAAAGAUCAAGGAAAACAGAGAAAUACCUGAAAGAGAUAUUGUAAAUGUCUUUGAUGUUGCAUUCUUACGUUAUAGGAAUUUCUUUCAAGUGAUAAAGAAGUACAGAUAGGCUUUGCGAAAUACAUAUCGUAAUUUCCCAUUGGAAGAAAUGACCAUUGAUUAGGGGGAGAACAAAUAAACAAGAAUUUUGUCUGCAAAAUAAAAGAAAAACGAAGAGUAGAUUGAGGAUAUCAAUUGGAUAAAAAGAAUUUGGAUUUAUUUAUAGAAUUUGACAAUCAAGAAUUUAUUGUUACCAAAGUUUUUGAUUUUAUAGGAGAAAUAGAAAAGAAUUCGUAUAAAAAAGUAUACGGAAGAUGAAAUUGAGUUGUAAAUUUUAGAAAGGCUAAAAUCCUUUUCAUUUUCCCAAAUGCAAUCUUGUCUUAAUAAAUAAAUAUAAUAAACAUUUUCAAGCGAAGGAGAUGUUUUACCUACUUUGAAUUUACCUGAUUGUGAGAAGAAAGAAAUAGAAAAAGAAAUCCUCAACAUGAGAUAUGUUAAAAUUCCAAUAAUGUAUCCAGAUAUCAAGCAAACUAAAAUUCAACAAAUUUUCAAAGACCAUAAGCAAACUUCUUAGUUCCCUGUUAAUAAAGUGAAACGAAUCAUACUCAAUGUUACAGAGAAUAAUGAAAAUGAAACUAACAAUUCAAUAGAGCAACGUCAUAUAACUCAAAAGAUGACUAUGAAGUAUUCUUCCAAGCAAAAAGCCACCUAAAAUGAUUAACAAGUUCCAUUUUUCAUAAAAAGGCAGGAUCAAUACUUUGUUUAUAUAUAGGGAUAUUAUCUAAAUUAUGAUGGAGUUUGUUAGAAGAUAAAAGCAAAAAUAUAGAAAAAUAGAAUUGAUCAAUCAUCAAAUGAAUUUUAAUAUAGAUUGUUGAGAAAAAAGGAUUUUCAGUAGACUCUAAUUAGUAAGAAAACAUGGUCUGGGAAUGAUGUAUUGAAGUUGAAUGAAAAGAGAUUAUUUAAUUUUAGAGAUGUGCUUAAGAGAUUAAAUGUAAUUGAUAUCUAGAUUUGGAUGUUGGGUUUGUAUGGAAAGAUUGAUACAAUAAAGAAGUAUUCAUAUCUACUCAUUACAUCUCAAGUUUGCCAAUUGUUUUUUGAUUUCGUAAUAUUGAUCAAUUUUACAUUUCUCUCUUUGUAAGGAAUAGCAGAUUCAGUUACAAUAUCAAAUGAGGAGGACGUGUCAACUAUAUUUUUAUGUAUUGAGUUGAUUCUGAGAUUUAUUGCGUUUUCCUGGAAAGAUAUUGCAAAUAGUCCAGAUUAAGUACUUUAAUCUUGCAUAGUCAUCUUAAAUUUCAUAGAAUUAACAAUGAGUUCAUUAAUGACUAGUUUAAGUGAAUAAAACUUGCGUUUGAUUAGAGGAACAAAAUGCUUACUAUUCUACAGAGUGUUAAAAUAUAAUAAGAUGGCAGUAGCUAUUGGUCAUAUAGCUUAAAAAACAUUCAAAUAAUACAUCUACUUAACAUUUCUGAUGUUUCUAGUUAUAUUUAUUUAUGCAAUGAUUGGAAUGGAGAUGUAUGCAGGUGUGUUUGAUUAAACGGAUGCUCUAGGUCAAUUGCAUUCAUACGAUAAUAUUUUAAAAGCAUUUAUGACUAUAUUCAAUAUUAUGACCAAUGAUGACUGGUAUGGCGUAUAUGUGAUGGGAGGAAAUAUCAAUUAUGUGUUUGCUGUAAUCUACUCGUAUUCCAUGGUUAUAGUAUUGAAUUACAUUACAUAUGGAUUAGUAUUGGCUAUAUUAUUGGAUGGAUUUGGAGCCAUUAAUAAAGAAAUGAAUGAAUAGGAAGAAUCUGUAGAAAAGGACAAUGAGGAUAAGAAUAAUGAAUAGCCAGAAGAUCAAAAUUCACAAAUUACUGAAGAAUAGGAAAUGUAGGAAUUUCAGUUAAAUUUGUAACCCUUGAUUUCCUAAGCGAAUUUGAUUGAUAGUCAACCAAAGAAAACAAAGUAGACACCAAUUACAAAUUUGAUGAAGUCAAUAAUGCAUAAGGAUAUUUUAAAUUAAUAUCCCUAAUUGUAUGAAGGUAUUUAAUGUUAGUAAUCAUUAUAUAUAUUCUCCAAAGAGAAUUAUAUGAGAAUAUUCUGUUGUCAAAUAGUCACAUCUUAAUUUUUUAAUUACUUUAUGGACAUAGUAUUGUACUUCUCCACAAUUGUAUUUGCCUUGAAGACCUACAAUGAUUACGAAGAGAAUUCAGAAUACUACCCCGAGGUUUUGCAAUUUGUGGCUAACAUCGUUUUCCUCUUUGAAGUAGUCAUUGGUAGCAUAGCAAAAGGGAUGUGGAUGAAUAAAGGAUCGUAUAUUACAUACACAUGGUAGAUAAUUGAUGUAAUCUACAUUAUAUCAUUCUGCUUUCACUUUUUAUCUAAUGAUGAAAAGAAGCCUAUUGUCAAAUUCUUAUUGUAUUUUGGUUACUUUAGAGUGAUGAAACUAAUGUAUAGAUUGUCAUGGUUAGAUAAAUUGAGAUUGGCAUUAGGAAGAUCAUUAGCUGAUAUUUGGAAUGUUUUGAUAACAAUGCUUUCAGUUUGGAUAAUAUUUGGAGUGUAUGGAAUUAUAUUGUAUGAACAGUAAUUUGGAUAUUGUGAUGAUAAAGUGCAAUUCAAUGUGAACAAGAAUGAUUGUUUAGAAUAGAAUAGAACUUGGAUUAAUUACAAGCAUAAUUUCGAUAAUAUUACAAUUGCUAUUCCAACACUUUUUGUGGUUUCAACCUUUGAUGGAUGGGGUGAAAUCUUAUAAAUUGCAGAGAACAGUUAGAGUUCUGACAUUGGGCCAGUUGCAUUUAAUAGUUAUAUCCCCACAUACUUCUUUUUCUUGGUGUUUUGUUUCAUAGGAUCAAUGUUCUUCCUGAGUUUAUUCACAGGUGUGUUGUAUUCGAAUUUGAAAGACAAUCAGAGUAAAAUUGAAAGAUCGGACAUCACUAAAGCUCAGGUUGAAUUCAUGGAGAUUUCAUAAAUCAUUAUUAAGGAUUUCCCCAUUUAUUCCUCCCCUCCUACUUCAACGAUAAGAAGAUUUGCAUCUGAUCUAACCAAUAAUUCUACAUGUCAAAAGAUAAUGUUUUGUCUUCUGCUGAUAGAUUUAUUUGUCCUAUUAUUAUUUUAUUCAGAAAUGGACGAAGACUUUUUCAAUGCUCUUAAUAAUACUCAUAAUACGUUGAUGUACUUGUACAUAAUGUGGAACAUACUCCUCUUUUUGGCUCUAGGAGUCAAUCGUUAUUUUGAUAAUCAUUGGAGAAGAUUCUACUUCUUCUUAAUCACUAUUGCAAUUAUUGAUAUUAUUGCAGAUUACCAAGCAGAUUGGGCAUUAGUAUACUUCAAAUCCACUCCAGCUGAUGAUGGAUAUCAGUUUUUGCGAUUGUUCUUUGCUCUUCGAUGUUUAAGAAUUAUCUUGAUAUUCCAGGGCUUAAUCAAUCUGUAGAGACUAAUGAGAGUGAUGGUCUUUGCUAUGCCAUUCUUAGGUAAAAUAUUUGCUAUACUCAUCAUUACCAUGUUCAUUUUCGCUCUUUUUGGUUGUCAAAUGUAUGGGCAUCUUGAAAAGGGCCAAGUGAUGGAUGAUCAAAUCAAUUUCCAGAAUGUUGCAUAAGCUAUGUUGGCUCUAUUCAAAUGCGCAUCAGGUGAUGAUUGGAGAACCAUUAUGACAGACACUAUGUUUUAUAAUCCUUUUUGCGUAGAAGAUGACCAAUAUUGUGGAAGCAUCUAUAACCAAAUCUACUUCUUCUUGUUUAUGUUACUGUCUAAUUACGUUCUCUUGAAUUUAUUUGUCCUCGGCUUGGUGGAACAAUUCGAACAGUUCUUUAUGUUACAAAACUCUAUGAUCCAGACUUACGUGGAAAAUGUUGACAAGAUCAAGACUAUUUGGUGCAAAUAUUCAUCGGAGACUCAAGGGUAAGCCAUGCAUUACAAAUUUCUUUGUCGCUUCCUUUUAGAUAUAGGCAAACCAUUGGGAGGCGGAAUUGAUGAAAAUCUUUGGGAUGUUGGCAAAUUGGCAUCGUCCUUCAAAAUCUAAUGUGAUCAUUAUGGAUACAUUCAAUACAAUUAACUAAUGUAUGAACUAUUUCGAGUUUGCUAUCAUGAGGAGGUAUUUAAGAAUGGGCCUCACUCUUCGAUUAAAAAAAUCAAGCAGUUCAAUAAAGAAAUGUAGUUGAGAUUGAUGUAUUACAGAAGGAAUCGGUUCUUGUAAAGAAGCAAUAUUUCUCCUAUUUUACACCUCAAGGCAAACUUCAACAUUUUACAUGACUAUUUAACUGUUCUCAUUCUUUAUAAGGCUUGGGAAGCCUACUCUAAAAAGCUUAUUAAGAAAGUCUGUGUCAAGCAGUAGCAUUUCACAGAUGCAGAUCUCGAUGAAAAAGAUUCAUCGGAAGAUUAAAAAGCUAACAACAACAAUUAUUUAGAUUAAGAUUGCAACGAAUUUCUGGAUGAGGAAAUUGAUCAAUAAAUUGUUUCCAAUGACAAUCCUAAAUAAGAAAUUAAAAAGCAUCAAAUAACCGAUUGUUCGGAAGAUUUAGAAUCUGAUAAUAUUCCAACCUACAGGUGGUAGGGAGAUCAAUAGUUUGAUCAAGUUUUCGAGAGUGCUAUCAUAUCCCCAAAUCAGUCUUAUAGAAAAAUGAAUUUAUGA